CUCCACUUGUGUAGGCGCUCUUAAACCGGAGCGUUUACGCACGGCAGUCAGUCGUUAACGGGCAACCUGAUAUCGGUGCUCCUCCGUCCGUCUCCUCUGCUGGCUAAUCUCCACCUCAUAGAGCAGAGAUUAAGAGAGAAGUGAGCAUAGCGGGAGAGAGGAGAGGACCGCGGGGGAGACGAGAGUAAGAGAAAGAGAAGAAUGAUGAAAAGGGGGAGGAGGAGAGCCGAUCAUUCCGGCUGCCCGCAUCUGCUGCUGCUCUAGUGGAGGGUAAAGAGAGAGAGAGAGUGUGUGUGUGUGUGUGUGUGUGUGAGUGUGAGUGUGUGUGAAAGGGGAGAUGGCACAACGCUUCAGCAUCCAAAACAUACGGGAGUGGUGCGCCACCGAGACCGGAGCCCCGGACCCACCCGAAGCAGCAGCAGCAGCAGCAGCAGCAGCAGCACACUCACCGCUCUCCCGUCACGCCUCUUCCCCGCACGGCAGCGCCUCAGCUUCGGCGAGAGGCAUUAAUCAUCUCUCCCUCCGUCUCUGCAUGUGAUUCCUCCGUGAGGACUGGAAGGAGAGUACCUCGACUGCGUUUCCCUCAAUGAAGACCUUUGUUCCCCAGCAUCCGGCACAGCUCCCCUCUCCACCUGCCAUGGUGACAUGACACACCCUUGAGUGGCUUUGCUCCUUUCUCGCACACAUAGGCAAUCUCGUGAGCUCCUCAAACCCCCAAACUCGUGCUCUCUAGGCUCCGGCAAACUAAAAACGAAAGACACCUCCUCCUACGCACAACACCUCCUUACAUCGCGAUGACCGUGGCCGUGCGAUUCCGCCGCCACUUACGCAGGCUCCUGCUCCUGCUGGCCUCUUGCUGCCUCCUCUCCCUUCUCCUCUCUGCCUACUUUCUGUUUACGAACUCCUCCCCUUCCAUGCAGCUUGGACAAUCCCCCGAACCUGCCUGCUCCCAGCCGCUCUCCCCAUACCAUCAACUUCCAUACCCGUACCCUCCUAACCCACCUCACACACAUGUCCACACUGACCCGGUUGUGCUUGUGCUGGUGGAGUCCCAAUACUCCCAGCUGGGUCAGGACAUUGUGGCUAUAUUGGAGUCGGCACACUUCCAGUUUCGCAUGGAGAUCGCCUCAGGGAAGGGCGACCUUCCGCCGCUGACAGAGAAAGGCCGCGGACGAUAUUCACUCAUCAUUUAUGAAAACCUACUAAAGUAUGCACAUGCAGACACAUGGAACAGGCAGUUGUUGCAUCAAUACUGCACUGAGUACAGAGUGGGCAUCAUAGGUUUCUACCGCUCCACUGAGAACUCCCCACCUCUCCUCAAACUCCGAGGCCUCCCGCUGGUGCUAAGGACCAACCAGGCACUUUGGGACUGCUGUGUGGUGUCUAGCUCACCUCUCCUCCAUCUGACCAAGCCCGGCACAGAUCGAGGGGCUUUACCCGGGGAGGACUGGACCUCUUUUUCCUCUAAUCACUCCACCUACCAGGCUGUGCUGCAUGCACGGGCCAAGGAGGGGGCAGGGGCAGGUAGUGGCGAUAAUCCAGGGCCUGGUUUUAGUUUAGGCCUCCAAGCCACUGUGGUACAAGACAUGGGGCUUUAUGAUGGGGUGAGGAGGGUACUGUUUGGCCAGGGACUGGGCUACUGGCUCCACAGACUCAUCUUGGUGGAUGCCAUCUCCUACCUCACGGACAGGAAGCUUACUUUGGGUCUGGACCGGCACAUACUGGUGGAUAUAGACGACAUUUUCGUGGGGAAGGAAGGGACACGCAUGAACGCCAAGGAUGUGAAGGCUCUCCUCGAUACUCAGAAACAGCUUCGUUCUCAGAUCUCCAACUUUACCUUCAACCUCGGCUUCUCUGGGAAGUUCUACCACACAGGCACGGUGGAGGAGGACGAGGGAGACGAUUUACUACUUAAGUAUGUGGAUGAGUUCUGGUGGUUCCCCCACAUGUGGAGCCACAUGCAGCCUCACCUCUUCCACAACGAGUCCUCACUGCUGGAGCAGAUGGUCCUCAACAAGGAGUUCGCCCUGGAGCACAACAUCCCAGUGGACAUGGGCUACGCCGUGGCCCCUCACCACUCAGGCGUCUACCCAGUUCACCUGCAGCUAUACAAGGCUUGGAGACGUGUGUGGAACAUCCAGGUCACCAGCACUGAGGAGUACCCACACCUGAAGCCUGCCCGCUACCGCAAGGGCUUUAUCCACAACAACAUCAUGGUGCUGCCCCGCCAGACGUGUGGCUUGUUUACUCACACCAUCUACUAUAAGGAAUACCCUGGCGGACCUAAAGAACUGGACAAAAGCAUCCGUGGGGGAGAGCUGUUUCUCACCGUGCUCCUCAACCCAAUCAGUAUAUUCAUGACCCACCUGUCUAACUACGGCAAUGAUCGGCUGGGUCUUUACACGUUUGUCCACCUGGCCUCCUUCCUUCGCUCGUGGACCAACUUGAGACUCCACACGCUCCCACCUCUGCAGCUCGCGCACAAGUACUUCCAGCUUUUCCCCGAACAAAGGAACCCGCUCUGGCAGAACCCAUGCGAUGACAAACGACAUAAAGACAUCUGGUCUAAAGAGAAAACCUGCGACAGGUUACCCAAGUUCAUGGUCAUAGGCCCACAGAAAACAGGAACGACAGCACUUUAUCUCUUCCUACUCAUGCAUCCCUCCAUCUCCAGUAACUUCCCCAGUCCAAAGACUUAUGAGGAGGUCCAGUUCUUCAACACCAAUAACUACCACAAAGGAAUUGACUGGUACAUGGAGUUUUUCCCCGUGCCCUCUAAUGUUAGCACCGACUUCCUGUUUGAGAAGAGCGCUAACUACUUCCCCUCAGAGGAGUCCCCUCGGCGAGCUGCUGCCCUGCUGCCCAAGGCCAAGAUCAUAACCCUGCUCAUCAACCCCUCUGACAGGGCCUACAGCUGGUAUCAGCAUCAAAGAGCUCACGAGGACCACGCAGCCCUGCGGUUCACCUUCUAUGAUGUCAUUAGUGCAAGACCAGGAGCUCCGGCUGAGCUCCGCUCCCUGCAGAACCGCUGUCUCAUCCCCGGUCUUUACUCGUUACAUCUUGAGAGGUGGCUCACCUACUACCCUGCUAACCAGGUGAUGAUCAUUGACGGCCAUCAGCUGAGAACUGACCCCGCGGCAGUGAUGGAUGAGGUCCAGAAGUUCCUGGGAGUCACUCCUCACUUCAACUACUCCCAGGCCCUUACGUUUGACCCUCAGAAGGGCUUUUGGUGCCAGCUCCUCGAGGGAGGGAAGACAAAAUGUUUGGGAAAAAGCAAAGGGAGAAAGUACCCUCCUAUGGAGCCAGAGGCACAUGCAUAUCUCUCCAGGUACUACAGGGAACACAACGUCGAGCUGUCAAAGCUGCUGCAUCGUCUCGGACAGCCCCUUCCCUCCUGGCUAAGAGAGGAGCUGCAGAAGGUUAGAUAACCUUUGCAUCCAUGAACCAGGGUUAAAGGUCAAAGGGGUUGAAGACCAGGAAGUGGCCAGGAGCACCUGACCUUCAGAUGCACUGUCUGUGGCCUUUUAGUGAACCCUGAGGUGAAGGCAAGGACGGGAUGCCUUGUUUCACCUGGGAGCUAUGGUGACACUGCUGAUGGGAGCAGAGGUCAUGAAAGCGCAAAGAAAAUCUGGAGGGCUGAAACUGAACUCAGUUUGGAUGGAUGGAUGGAUGGAUGGAUGGAUGGAUGAGAGUUUCAGGUGACCGUCAGCUCUGAAGAAAGUGGGACUAAAAGGAAGAGCCACACCAUAAGUGUGAAGAGAAUUAUGGGGGACAAGGAGCAUUUUGCAAGUCUUUGAUGCCCGC